AUGCACCAUGCGGUGGCGGAGGCGGAGGCGGAGGCAACAACCAAGUUUGGAGCUAACAUCAAAGUAGGCUUUCCAAAUCUUGUCAUAGGACCUAGAAUUGGAAUUCCAUCUACGAAGAUUGCGGUUCAUUCAGAUAUGGUUGAUGGUAGCCCUAAAAGCACAAAUGUAAAUUGCCCUUCUUGUUAUUCUGAAAUUAUUGUCACUGAUGUUUAUUGUGAUUUUGAUGGUGAUAAGGCUGUUGAAGUGGCCAAUGAAGUGAAUUCAUGGGCUGACAAGGAGACAAAUGGGCUUAUCAAGGAGGUUCUUCCUCCAGGAUCAGUUGACUGCUCGACCAGACUAAUCUUUGCAAAUGCACUCUAUUUUAAGGGAGCCUGGAAUGAGAACUUUGAUGCAUCCAAAACCAAUGACUAUGAUUUCUACCUUGUAGACGGAAGCUCAGUUCAUGUCCCAUUCAUGACCAGCAAGAAAAAGCAAUAUGUUCGUGCUCAUGAUGGUUUCAAAGUCCUCAGGCUUCCUUAUAAACAAGGGGAAGAUAAGAGGUGUUUCUCCAUGUACUUCUUCCUACCAGACGCAAAAGAUAGGCUUCCAGGUUUGGUAGAGAAGUUGACUUCAGAACUUGGGUUUUUAGAUCGAUAUCUCCCAUCUGAAGCAGUCAAAGUGGGGAGUUUCAGGAUUCCAAGGUUCAAGAUUUCAUUCGGGUUUGAAUCAUCUGAAGUUCUGAAAGGUUUAGGAUUGGUGUUGCCCUUCGCUGGUGGUCUGACAGAGAUGGUGGAUUCACCUCUGGGCCAGAACCUCGCUGUCUCCAGCAUAUUCCAGAAAUCCUUUAUUGAAGUCAACGAGGAAGGUACUGAAGCUGCUGCUGCUUCUGCUGGUGUGAUAACUCUUAAUUCCAUACGGCUUCCAACUAAUUUGAUCGACUUUGUGGCCGAUCACCCAUUCAUAUACCUGAUCAGAGAAGAAAUGACUGGAGUUGUGCUGUUCAUUGGGCAUGUCCUGAAUCCCUUGCAGGCUGCUUAAGAUAUAACAUAUAUCAGAAUAUUUCAGAAUACGGAACUCUUUAUCUUUUUAUUUUUAGGUUCAAUAUUUUGAAUAGAUACGUUAAAUGUUAGAGUACAGAAUACAGAUGGAUCUUAUCUUGUAAAUUAUCUCUUUGUCAAGAUAGAUGUUGAGAACAGAUGAAUCAUUUCUUGUCUAGUUACAUGUUGAGAACAGAUGGAUCAUAUCUUGGAAAUUCUCUCUUUUGUCAAUAGAUCAGAGUGUUUGUAGGACUACAUGCAAUGCAGUUGACGUCAGGCUUAUGCCUUCUAGCUUUGCUGCUGUUGUUUUGUAAGAUAUUAUGCAAUAACUAAUUAAUACUCCUCACUUCCCUA